AUAUUUACAUGUCACAUUUUGCGGCAUAACUGUCGUAAAUCCAGACAACAUGGCCGGCGCACGACUUUCUGUUUCGGUGUCCAGGCUGUUUAGAAGAUUGGAGCCGCUUUUCUCGUCCCGCCACUACUGUAGCCUCGCCAGUCCGUGUGCGGUCUCCUACAGUCAGUACGGAGAGCCUAGCAAAGUCCUCAGAUUCCUGACAGAUGUAGAUGUACCUGAUGUCCGGGAUGACCAGGUGUCAGUCAGGAUGCUGGCAGCACCCAUCAACCCAGCUGAUAUCAACAUGAUACAAGGAGUGUACCCGAUCAAACCCCCCCUCCCAGCAGUAGGGGGUAAUGAGGGGGUAGGAGAGGUGGUGUCCGUUGGUUUACAGGUGUCAGACUUACAGCCAGGAGACUGGGUCAUCCCAGCAGACUCAGGCUGGGGAACAUGGAGAACUCAUGCAGUCUGUCCAGCCUCGGAGCUGCGGAAAAUCCCCAACGACAUUCCGCUGGAGGCAGCAGCGACCCUAGCGGUGAACCCAUGUACUGCAUACAGGAUGCUGUCAGACUUUCAACACUUACAGCCUGGAGACACAAUAGUGCAGAAUGGAGCUAACAGUGGAGUGGGACAGGCUGUCAUUCAGAUAGCAGCAGCUAGGGGGCUGGUCACCAUCAAUGUAGUUAGGAACAGGCCUGACAGGUCAUCAUAUUUUGAGCUUGAGAUGUACCUGAAGGGUUUAGGAGGACAUUAUGUCAUUACAGAGGAGGGGCUGAGAAGACAGGACUUCAGGGACAUAUUCAAGAGACUUCCAAGACCAAAGCUGGCAUUGAAUUGUGUUGGUGGGAAAAGUGCUACAGAAAUUCUCAGACAUCUGGAGACUGGGGGAACUAUGGUGACCUAUGGUGGGAUGUCUCGACAACCUGUCACUGUUCCUACGGGUUCCCUGAUUUUCCAGGACAUUAAAGUUGUUGGUUACUGGAUGACACAAUGGAACAAGAGGCAAACAGACUCCCAAGAGAGUUCAGAGAUGCUGUCUACUCUGUGUGACUACGUGAGACAAGGCAAGCUGCAGGCUCCAUCUAACGUACAAGUCCCCAUCUCAGACUACAUGGCUGCUAUCAACAGUACUAGGGACGCCUUCAGUACUAAGAAACAGAUACUCACGAUGAGCAGUUGAUAGAUUAUCUAGGACUAGUUACUUUAUAUUUAGAAAGCCAUUUUCACAACUUGGACACUGUACCGGGGGUAGUUUCCUUUGUCUAAGUGUAGAUAAUAAAUACACAUACUUUUAAAAAAUAUCCUUGCAUGUCUUUAUCAUUGUCACCUGUUAUGUAGCAGUAUUUUAAGUCUGAUUUUUUGGGGCCAUAUGGAUGACGUCAUCAGGUUUUAUUGCCUGAUAUAAUUUUUUUUGUAUGAGAAAAUUCAGCACUUUGGUGCAUAACCACUGCAAUGAAGCUAUGUGUUUCAUGUGCAUAAUGAUUAAAGCUACAAAGUCACAUUUGCACAAGUUGAUAUCUUUUAAUAAUGUGUAAUUAUUAGAAUUUCAAAUGAUUUUUUUAUUAGAUGAAAACAGUUUUUCUCAGAUGAAUCUGACCAAGUCUCUGCUAACAAUCAUACAAAUGGUUCUCAGUAAAUUGUCUUCCUUAAAGACCAAACUAGAUACAAGGAGCUGAACAAGAAUGACAGUGACUCACGACAUUAUAGCGCAGAUGCAGUGUAUUGUACACUUUGUGACAUGGUUAUUGUUACACAUAGAAACAUCAGAAAUGAAAUUAAAGAAAAAAACACUUCUGAAAAAAUGCACAUUUUACAAUUUGUCGUGCUUAAAAAUCCAUUGCAACUUUUUAACACAUGCAGAUUACAAUGUAUAUUCUAUUAGCCUCUUUUUCCGAACAAGCUGUGUGAAAAAGAGUCAAAUCUAUACCUGGUAUGUUAUUUUCCGUAUAUCACAGUCGUUCUAGUGUUGCACAUUAGAAAGAAGCGUACAUAUAAGCAUCUAUUGUACAGACUGGUUAUCAUAUUGACUUGUUUUAGAAAAGACAGUAUUCAGUGAUAAAAAAUAAACUCCUGUACCACUAUAUACCACAUACGAGUCGGUAACGGACCCGACCAUUCAAUAUAAGGGGAGUUUUGAUGCUCCAAAUACGGUUACAAUGAUCCAUUCCUAAAUAUAUGUC